AUGGCGCCGAUGAUCCAAGACCAACCCAAUGGAAAUUCGAAUGGCUCCGGCCCCAGGCGGCCCAUUCGCGUGGCAGGAUGCUCAGGUGGUGUCUACGACAGGAAACGCGCAAUUGCCGACAUGGCUGCAAAUGAGGACGUGGACGUUAUCACUGGCGACUGGAUGAGUGAAUGCAACAUGACCCUCCGCGGCUCCGACAAGCGCGACCGCCUCGCUCAGGCCAAGAUGUCGUCCGGGUCCACCCUCGUCGCCAAGGGCUACGAACCCUACUUCCUAGAAGAGAUCGAGCCUGCGAUCCCUCAUCUCGCGCGGAAUGGGACCAAAGUCUGCGUCAACGCGGGUGCCAGCGAUGUACACGGUCUUGCCGAGGAGGUCAAGAAGCUCAUCAAGAAGCACGGCGUGGCUUUGAAGGUCGGCGUUGUCGACGGCGACGACGUCACCGAUGCGGCGCUCGAGCUGUACCGCAAGGGCGAGGAGCCGUUUCUCAACUUGCCUGCAAACAAGCCCAUUAAAGACUGGGGGUUUGAGCCGAUCUGUGCCCAGUGCUACCUCGGUGGCACUGGUAUUGCAGAGUGUUUCCGCGGUGGGGCUGAUAUUGUCCUCUGUGGACGCGUGGCAGAUGCUUCGCCCACGGUUGGUGCCGCCAUGUGGUGGCACGGCUGGAAUCGUGAAGAGAACGUCUCCGAGUUGGCGGGUGCUCUUAUGAUCGGCCACAUCAUCGAGUGCAGCACAUAUGCAACAGGAGGGUACUACUCUGGCUUUAAGGACUUGGGUGACAAUGACACUGAUAUGGGCUACCCCAUUGCUGCCAUUGACGAGAAGGGCGAGGCUGUCAUCUCGAUGGAGAAGGGGCGGGACGGACUUGUCACCACCGAUACCGUCGCCAGUCAGCUUCUCUAUGAGAUUCAGGGCCCGCUGUACUAUAACUCGGACGUCACGGCCUCGAUCGAGAACAUGGUCAUUAUGCAGAUUGGCAAGAACGAGGUCCACGUCUCUGGUGUCAAGGGCUUGCCGCCGCCAUCGACUACAAAGGUCGGCUUCACUGCCAAGGGCGGCUGGCAAGCCGAGUUCCACUUCUACCUCACGGGCCUGGACAUCCAUGAGAAGCUCAAGAUGGUGGAACGGCAGACUCUGCGCAACAUGGGCGACGAUGCCAAGAAGUUCUCCUGCUUGAAAUUCAUGAUCGCCGGCGGCGUGCCGCAAGAUCCCCAAUCACAAAAUGAAGCAACCGUGGACCUGCGCAUCUUCGCCCAGACCCGCGACCCCCAUCUCCUCUCCGGUGCAAGUUUCACUGACUCGGAUCGCGGGUCAUUCGCGCGGUAUUGUAUCGAGAAUCUGCUGCAGGGAUAUCCCGGAUCUACCAUGGCUCCGGACAUGCGGACAGCCAUUGGACGGCCAUUCUUCGAGUACUGGGCCACUCUGAUGCCGCAAAGCUUUGUGAAAGAGACGGCUCACUUGCCAGAUGGGACAGUCGUGCAGAUCCCGUCACCCAAGAUCACAAGAGAAUACCCGCGCGAACAGCCAAGCUACGAAACUGUGUCUCCAGCAGACAUGUCGCAGUUUGGCCCCACGACGCGUGCUCCGCUUGGCUAUGUGGUGCUCGGCCGCUCAGGCGACAAGUCGUCUAAUUGCAACCUGGGCCUGUUUGUCCGGCGCGAGGAUGAGUACGAAUGGCUGCGCACGCUCAUGUCUACGAGCAAACUUCGCGAGCUGCUUGGCAAGGACGACGUGGGGAAGCAGAUUGACAGGUGCGAGUUCCCAAACAUCAAGGCAGUCCACUUCUUGUUGAAGGACCAUCUGGACAGGGGGUUCAACUCAACAAGCAGUUUUGACAGCUUGGGUAAGAACUUGUGCGAGUAUAUCCGGUGUCGGUGGGUGGAUGUACCCACGAAAUUUUUGGAUCGCGGACGAGUCUAA